AGGCAUAAUAUUGUUAUAUUUGGUAUAUGUAUAAUUCUUAUUCAUAUUUACAAUUCAUAACGUAAAUGUAAAUAAUAAUACUAAUUUUAAUAACAUAAAUCAUAAUUAAAAAAAUGGAUUUCUUAUAAUAUUUCAGAACGCGAUAAAAUAUUUAUUUUUCACAAAUAUUAUAACACAAUGCAAUCAAGAAUCGAUCGAAACAAUAAUCGUCGCAGUGAUUCGUAGUUCGUUUAUGUACAAUGUGAAACCUAUCCCAAUUGCAUCUCGAACAAUGGUCUCAGAUGAGGGGUGCGCGCCCCAGCUGCGUGCUCCGAUCGAUCUGUGGACCGCGUCUCCUCUCAUUACUGCCCGCGUUGUCCGUCAACGCGGAGCCGAACACGCGCCAUUUCAAACAUCGAAACAGAUAAAAAUAACUUUAAAAAGUUUUCGUGAAAAAAGUUUGGAUGUGAUUUUUUAAAAAUGGAAGGGCGAAGGUCCUGGGAUGGAAUGCCGCUCGGAGAGUCCCAUUCCCCACCGCAGUCGGUGCCGGGUAGAAGGACUCCUUUGGGUGCCGUGGGGCUCGGUGGGUUCUACAUGCAGGGUGGACAGCCACCAGCGCCACCACAGCACUGCUACCCCACCGACGAGAAUCAACCUGAGCCCGGCACCAGCUAUGGACAGAGAUCAAUGGGUGAAGGCAAAUCGAAACAGAAGAUGCGACAAGGGAAAACAGUGCGGCUCAACAUCAACGCACGGGAACGGCGGAGGAUGCAUGAUCUGAACGACGCGUUGGAUGAGCUUCGUGGUGUGAUCCCGUACGCGCAUUCGCCUUCGGUCCGCAAACUCUCCAAGAUAGCUACGCUACUGCUCGCUAAGAACUACAUACUAAUGCAAGCCAGCGCUCUGGAGGAGCUACGAAGGUUAGUCGCGUACCUCCAAGGCACGGCGACGGCGGCGGGCAUAGUGCCGCCCCCCGGGUUCGACCUGGCGGGCUUCCCGGCGGCCGCGAAGCUGCUGCAGCCGCCCGCACCCGGCCCACCCCCGCCCCCCGAGCCGCCCUCCUGAGAACCACAGAUCAAAACAGAACCAUAGGUACUCUACGGAAAGAAAAAAAAACAAAUCGUAGGUGGAUCUCCACGGAAUGAAAAAAAAAACAAAAGUUAAUUCGUAAAUUAAAAAUCAGCAUUUAUUGUUGUUUCUGAUAUGAAUCUUUUGUUUGCAGUUCAGCUUUCUUUGACACUCUAAUUGAGCUUUAAUAUAGUAGCGAAUAAAAAAAAACUAAAAAAAUGUAUAACGCAACAUUCAUACCUUUUUCUGGUUUUUGUAGCAUUAAUUCGCGCAGUUAAGCUUUUUUUAAGCAUGUGAUUAAGAUUUUUCACUAGUCGUAUUAAAUGAAAUCUGACGCGCUAGUGUUGUUUAUGAGAACAGCGAGGGCUUAUUUUAAAAAUGUCUGCGAAAAAUCUUAUAUUAGAAAAUAAUAUCUGGCAAGACAAACAACAGAUCCGACUUGAAGUUCUGCAUAAUAAAAUGCACUCAUUCCACAACCAAAGAGAAUUGAGAUAAGUGUAAUGUGCAGAGUAAAAUAGUUACCAUUCACUACGUAUAAAAUGUAAGAGGUUUUUCUGAAAUGUCCACAAAAGUUACAAUCCUCGUUUAGGUAUAACUUUCUUUUUAACUCACUCCUAACAGCUGACAUCAGUGAAAGCACAUGUAGUAUUAACUAUUAGUAAACUUAAUUGUGAUAUAAACACUCCUGACACAUUCAAUGGAAUGCGUGGUUACGUGCAGAACUCUACUUGUAGUGGCGUAGUGUACUACGCCUACCUUGACAGUUGACAGAUCUGUAAUCGUAUCAAAAUCGUUAAAUUUUGCAUGGAAGUGGCCAGUUUGUUCUUACGUCCAGUAGGGGCGCAGCUUAGUUUGCAUAGAAACUUUGACGAUGCGAUACGGUUACGGAACUGUCAAAGUUCAUGCUUGGGACUCUAUUGUUGUUGUUCGCAAAAGUUGGUACUCCGUUUCAUUAUAACUUAGCAUCAGAAAACAGUCAUUUGUUUUAAAGUUAACUGUAAAAAGAAAAACUCAAACCCCUUUAAUAAUAAAUGAAGACUAAACUUGGAUUAGUUACUCUAAAUAUUGUCUCUGUUCAUUGAAUGAAUAAAUUGGCACUUGUGUGAUAAAAACAAAACACGGCGUAACUAGUCUAAGCUUAUUUCUCGUUUAUUAUUAAGAGGGUAUUCGUUUUAAAUUACAAUCUUUUAUACACUAACGUAAAAUAUAAAAUUAGAUUAUAAAACUGGAAUAACUGCGAAAUAAUUAAAAAUAGAUUAGAAUUAUUAUAAUGAUGAUUUUGUAUGCGUGUUAGAUAGAGCAUUCGUUAGAAUGUCUCCCUCGGCAAGGGUAUACCAAAGAAAUUAGAAUACUUAUAUUAUUAUUUUCUAAGUAAAUGUGUGCAAUUAUAAUAAGUAACAAUCUAAAGCAGGAUCGAUUAUGAAUAGGGUAAGAAAUUAGAUUUUAAGAAGAGUUAGUCGA